AAGGAUGACUUGAGCGAGAGUAAUUUGCGACCUGGUGGGAGAGCCUCAGGCUUCAGCAGGAUAUGAAGUCUCUGAAGUUUUGUUGGCUGCUCAUCAUCAUCAUCACCGUCUCUCUACUGCUCUGGUACAAUCACAUCACCAAAAUUGGAGAAGUAAAUCUGGGACUUCGUGGCUACGUGAGAAUUUCUCCUGUCAUUUGGUCAAGUUCACAAUACCUGGCUUUGCACUGUGCUCGCUGUGCUGUGAUCUCCAGCUCGGGCCACGUGUUAGGCAGCAGAUGUGGGAAUGAGAUUGACGGGCAUGAAUGUGUGAUCCGCAUGAACGCAGCGCCGACACAUGCCUUUGAGGCUGAUGUGGGCAAUAGGACAACUGUGCGUGUCGUGUCGCACUCCAGCGUACGACGCCUGCUGCACCGUGAGGCCUUUUUCUUCAAGCAAGAGGCAAACACACGCUAUGUGGUUUGGGGUCCUGAGCGGAACAUGAGGCACGAUGGUAAGGGACGAAUGUUCAAUCUGCUGACAAAACUGGCACGGAAAUACCCGGGUACACACAUCUAUGUUGUGAGCAGGGAGAAGAUGAUGCAGUGUGAUCGCAUCUUCCAGAACGAGACUGGCAAGGACAGAAUGAAGUCGGGUGCAUUCCUCAGCACUGGAUUUUUCACGAUGAUUUUUGCUCUGGACGUGUGUGACAGCAUUAACGUUUAUGGGAUGAUAGAUGGCUCAUACUGCAGUCUCAACAAUUACUCUUCGGUGCCGUAUCACUAUUACGAGUCGCAUCGUCUGGACGAGUGUGGCAUGUACAAAGUGCACGAGCAUGCAAGGAGAGGCGGCCAUCGCUUCAUCACGGAGAAACAGAUCUACAGACACUGGGCCUCACAGGGAAAAUUAAAAUUCCAAUAUCCAACAUGGUGAACUGAACAAGAACCCAGACACCUUUGUGCAAAGGAAUGGCACACUUCGAGUUCUUCCCCAAACUGCUAUCAGACGUCCAGAAAAAGAUGAAAGUGAAAUCAACGUAGGAACUGUGCUCAAGUUCCAUUCGUUCAAACACAUUUCAAUAUUUAUCCAUUUCAUCUCAUUAAGCUUGUGAUUUACUCAUGAUUACUUCCAGUAGCUGGUCUGUUUAACCUCCGUUAAGGAGGUUAUGUUUUCGGUGCUGUUUGUUUGUUUGUUUGUCUGUCUGUUUGUUUGUUUGACUUGUGCAAAACCUACCAACCCAAUUUCCAUGAAACUUGGUGGAAGGGUGUAUCGUGGGCUAAGAAAGAAUCCACCAAAUUUUGAAUUUUGGAGCAGAUCCAACAUUUGGUCUUGGUGGAAGUCUGUGCUCGCUGAGCACCCUUCUCAUUUUGUUUUAUUUUUGUUUUGUUCCUGGUUUCAUUAGAAAGCUCCAACAGGAAACCAGCAUUUGUUUGCCUUUGUAUAGUAUUAGUUUUUCCAAGACUGCACUGUGUUGUUACGUCAUGCAAGGUCAUAUGAACAUUGUUCUCCCCAGAGCGCUUUUGCAUGUCAGGGCCAUCACGCUUUAAUUUCAUGACGACACGCUUUAAAUUUGCCAACACGCUAUUUUUUUUUUUUUUGCUCCGACACUCGCUGAAAAAUCACAUCAGAUUCCCACCUUGUGAUGUUUGCGGCAUAUUUUGAAGGAAAAUCGGUGUUUUGAGCCGGUUUACUGCCAUGAUUCACUCAGGCAGACCAGAAUAUCCCUGGGAAAUCCCCAGUCUCAACAAACGUCCUCAAUCACUUUCCUGCUGCACUGGUACCAUGAUAAUCCUGUCCUAACCAGGCCCUUAAGGCAUACUGGGCGGCGCUGAUCUCCUAUUCUGUAGCCCUCGACUUCUCGCUUAUUACAUAAUCUAGGUUUACAGUGGGGACCAGUGACCUCGAGAGCAUGAAACUAUCAAGCAUAGCUUCAUGUAACCCCGUACAUACCCCAUGCUCUCAUGGAAGGCGGUCGCAUUCCUCUGCUCUCCUCUCCUCUUCCUUUUUUCCCUGCUUGUGCUUCUUUGUCUCGUCUGUCUAUACCAGGGAUGGGCAACUUCCAUGAUAAAGAGGGCCAAUUUUUUUCACCACUAUCAUCAGAGGGCCACAUGACCACACAGUUCAAAUAAUUGGAUAUGAAAGAAGCUAUAAUAUGAUUCUCAAUAAGAACACAUUUUAUAUGUACUUAUAUCUGUAUGUUUA